CUGACCGUCACCAUGAUCUGAUCGAUGGAGACCCUCAUGGGACAAGUCUACAACCCCCACCUCAAGAGAGUGCUCAAGACCUACCAGCUGAGUGCCCCCAAGUCGCUGCAAGGGCCGAGCACCGUCCUCCAGGAGGUGGGAAAGAUCGAAGCGGCCGCCACACCGCCCCCGGCUCCCGUCCAGGCUGUGCCCAUCCUCACGGCCCCCGACAGGAGUCCCAGCGAGCGCUGCGAAACCCUCCUCGAAGGUGAGAGUAUAACCUGCUUCCUCGUCGGCGGCGAGAAGCGACUCUGCCUCCCCCAGAUACUCAACAGUAUCCUGCGGGACUUCACCCUCCACCAAAUCAACCAGGUUUGUGACGACCUCCAGAUCUUCUGUUCUCGUUGUAACCCGGAACAGCUUGAUGAACUGAAGGAGACGGGAAUCCUGCCCAAGACCGCCCCCAGUUGCGGCCUCAUCACAAAGACUGACGCCGAACGGUUAUGCAGCACGCUGCUGCACCGACCUCUGAUGACGCAUCGACUUCCGAAGGUGACCCUUUCGUUCAAAGUGUAUCAUGAGUGCUUCGGCAAGUGUAAGGGACUGUGUAUGCCCGAAAUAUACGCGGACAGCGACGCGAGGUGCAUCGAGUGUCUUGAGUGCCGGGGUCUGAUGUCGCCUCGCCAUUUCGUCUGCCACUCGCACCGGCCCCCCGAGAACAGAACCUGUCAUUGGGGGUUCGACUCUGCCAACUGGCGGGCGUACCUUCUCCUGUGCCAGGACCAGCCGGAGAUCGAAGUCAGGGAGAAAUUACUUGAUCUCUUCAAGCAGCAGCACCUCGAAAACAACAUGCUCAAACAGGUCAUCGAGUCGAUGGGAGGAAGAACGGACUGGGAUCGAAUUGAAGAGGAGGAGGUGGUCGCUGCUAAGAAGCUAAAACUUUCAGACGACUACGUGCCGGGACCACCUCCUCCAUACAUCCCCCCUCAAUAUGAUUUCCAAUAUUACACAUGGAUCGACCCAUACGUUAGAUCGGCGUUCAGACCAUGGCAUACAUUUGCCCAGAUUGACGAAAAUAAAUCAAACUUCCGAGAUAGUAUACCAGCCUACCUUAACCACGAGCCACCUGUCUUACUGCAUCCAGAAAGAGUAGUCCCAAUGAGUGAAAGUGAGAGGUUCGAACGAUCUUACCAGCCAAAUGUUGCCCUCGCACCCCGAUCUACAAUUGAAAACAGGAGGACAGAGAUACAGCCUGAGAUUGUGAGGACUGUUGAGGAAAAACCAGCACCAGUAAGGGCACACAAACCCUUAUUUCAUCCUGAAAUUGAACUGUCGACUGAUACAGAUGAUAGUGCAUCUGAACAUCAUGAGAGUGGUGGUAGUGCAGUGGAACAAGUGGCGGCUGUUUUCGCAGCUCUAAGUGAUGCUAAAGAGACAACCCGACAACUUGUUGUAGGACUUGUAGAAAGGCUGGCAGGCCGCCUUGACAGCAUUGAAGCAGAAAACAAGAGACUGUUGAAGGAUAAUGUAUCGCUUCUUCAACAAAUAAAUAAGGCCAAAGAAUCUAGGUCAAAAGGUUUGCCUUCGAAAAAAGAGCCUGAAGACAAAAAUGAGAUUGAGACUGAUUUAAAACCUUCAUGUUCAGACACCAAGCCAGUCUUAAUCAAGUCCCCAGCUCCAGCAGAAAGCCCUCCACCUACUUUGCCAAAAGAACCAGCACCAUCACCUUCAAAGCCUGAAAUCAUCACUACAAAAGUAGAAGAUAAACCUGAACAACCCUCUUCAGAAUCUGCUGAAUGUCAGCCGAUAGAGCCUGUCGAACCAUGUGAUAAUAAAGAAUCAUCAGUAGGGAGUAGGGAGCCUCCGAAGGAACAGACACACAGAACGAUCGUCCGGAGUAGCCCGGUGUCUGUUAUUACAUCUCCUACAUCCAUAAAAAUCGAGCCUCCUUGCGAGUGACACCAACCUCAUAUUGUUUCUUGUUAGUGUUCUUCCAGGCCUCCGAUCAUUCUGUUCUGUGGGGCAAAUGGAAAAUAGUACAAAUUUGUUUGUCACUGUCCAUUCACUGCCUUGAUGAAUUUGUAUUUUUUUUAAUAUCAUUUCGAUUCAUCCCAGUGAUCAUGAAAUCUAAGACAAACAUUUUUUUGACAAGUUCUUAGAGAAUAUCAUUUCUUGUAUACCUAAUGCAUUUAAAAACAGAAAUGAAAUAUUUUACUCUGUUGUAUAUUGAAUCAAAUAUGCGCUUUUACAAUAUUGAGAAUAAAGAUAUUAUUCUGUGAGAUUUGAUCAUCUCUAGAAUAAUAGUAUUGUAUUGCCAGAAAAAUUUUAUAUAUGCCAAAUUUGAAUAUAGGUAUAAUUUUUCUCCAAUCCUUAUUCGAUUUGGAGUCUGGUUAAUUAUUUUGUAAUAUUUAUAUAAUAAUAAUUGAGUACAAAGAACUUUGAAUAACUAUUUAUGUGAUAUCAUUUUAAUGAUUAUUACGUAAUAUUAUUUUCUUGAGUUUUAUUUUAAAUGACUGAAUCUUUAUAAAUUUGUAUCAUAAUUGUUAAAAAAAAAAAGAUACAAGUUAUGACUAACUGGUUUUACUAUUUUAAUUAUGUUUUCUUGCUAAAUACUUAAACAGCCGUAUAUUGUGCCAUUUUUUUAUAAAUAUAUAUUGUUAAUAUUUGUUAUAAAAUGACUACUAUAGUUAUAUGGCUAUUAUUUUUAUACAGUUGGCAUUUCUUUUAAAUGCGUUCUUGACUAAAAGUAUUUGUUUGUGGUCCACUGCUUUAGUAUUUACAUCAUUUGGGCCAAUUAUGAUUUAUAAAUAUGUAGUGCCUCUCAUUAUAUUGUGUUAUUAUUUAAGUCAUUGUAACUGUAAGUAGUUAUUGUCAUUUAAAAUAAGUUAUAAUUGACGGCUUGUUAUAGUUUUAUGAUGUUAAAAGUACAAAUCUUUUUCGGGUGCUUAAUAGUUAAAUAAGCACUUUUUAUGUAAAAAUAUCAAUAUGUAUAUAUGUACAUUAUUCUUUCUACUACUUCCUUUCUGACUUUUUUUUUG